AUGAACAAGAAUGCGCCGAUCAACCUGCUGAAUGUCUAUCAGUUCUUGCAGGAAGGCACCUACACACCUCCAGAGAGAUCAGGGGCUUCGACCUUCGAGUUUGAGUCCAUGAGAAAAGAAUUCGUCGAGGUUGCGCGAAUCAUCGACGGCAAGCGUUGGACCUUUGAGGUCCGAGACAGCACCAAGGGCUUCACGAAAGGACAAUGGAAGAGGGUGGUCGCCGUCGUCACUGACGGUGCCGACUGGCAGUUCAAGGAUUGGCCUUUCGAGACGAUUGUCGACCUCUUCUGCACGAUCAAGGGCAUCUACUUCCGAGAGAAGGACAAGCAAGUAGAGGUGCCUGAGCACGUCACGAAGGCCCGAGAAAAGCAGUGGGAGGGCGUGAUGCUUUCAGACGUUUAG